GUGCCUGGAGAAAAGCCACGCAGGCAUGGGGAGAACAUGCAAACCCCACACAGCGGGGGCCGGGAUCGAGCACGGGUCCUCAGAACUGUGAGGCCAACGCUUUACCAGCUGAUCCACCAUUCCACUCUCUCAAAACAGUUAUUUAAAACAAUUAAAACAAUUUUGCUUGACUGAAACUGUUAGAAAUGCAAUGGAUCCAUUUCAGCCCCAAGUUGAAACAGCCUCAAUUUUUGGGUAGUUAUAAUAAAAAAAAUUUUCAUGAGAAAAAAUGUAAUUAACAGUAUUUACUGUAUAUAAACACAGAUUUGCUCAUUAUAUAACUGGAAAGAACUGAAAAUGUGGUCUUUUGGUGGAUGGUCAAACGAGCUUACCAACACCAACUGAUAUUAUCCUUCCAUUGAAAGGAAACCAAUGUGAAUUGAUGGUGGCAGGGUGUUGUGACUUUUGCUGUGGGGGUCUGAAGCACACUGAAAGCUCAAAUUUUUGCGGGCACCAAUCACGUACGGAGGCAACAUUUCGCAAUCAUUACCACGAGUUGCAGACUAUUCAACACAGACGUGAAGCCGUUCGGUCAACGGCAGGCCACAUACAAUCUAGACAAACAUCCAUGCACACUCACGUUCACACUUUGGGGCAAUUCAGGGUCUUCAAUGAACAUCACACUUCCUAUGAACAAUUGAGACCCGUCUUCAGUUCAGCAAACUUGUAUGUUUGUGGUGUUUUAGCUCAGUGGGAACAUGCAAACUCCACAGAAGGUGGCCGAAGCGGAGAUUCAAACCCGGAAGCUCUCGUCGUUGAGGCUUCACCCAUCCACGCUGCCUAGUAAAUGAACACCUUCAUAAAAUGGACUUCCUUGUUGAACCAGGUACUGUAUAAGGAUGUAAAUUGAGACCUCUGAGCAAACAAGGUGGAAGCUUACACCCGCUCCUGUUCACCGCACACAGAGCGAACCGGCCCGGGGGGAGUCUGUCUCCUAGCAACAGGUCUCAAUUCCCACCCCUUGGUGUCCUGUACACAGAACGGGUGAACGCCUCCCUCUCCGCCGGGAUGCGGCAACCUCAGCGAGAGGGACUCAACCCCACGCCGCCGCAGUCGCUCCCGCAACUCUGUGGCGAGCAGGAAGGGAUGGCCAACCCGGCGCUGGAGAUCCUGGGUUUUCUUCUGUCGCUCAUCGGGCUGAUCGGGGCGGCGGCCAGCACCGGCAUGCCCAUGUGGCGAGUCACGGCCUUCAUCGGCGAGAACAUCAUCGUGUUCGAGACCCGCUACGAAGGCCUGUGGAUGAAUUGCUUCAAGCAGGCCGACAUCAGGAUGCAGUGUAAGGUGUACGACUCCUUGCUGGCCUUGCCCCCGGACCUCCAGGCGGCCCGGGGCCUCAUGUGCUGCGCCUUGGCCCUGGCCGGCCUGGGCCUGCUCGUCAGCCUGGUGGGGCUGCAGUGCACGUCGUGCGUCCGGAACAACGACCGAGCCAAGCGACUGGUGCUCAUCAUCGCCGGCUCCAUGAUCAUCACGGCGUGCAUCUGCGUCCUGAUCCCCGUGUCCUGGACGGCCCACGUCAUCAUCCGGGACUUCUACAACCCCUUGCUGAUCGACGCCCAGCGGAGGGAGCUGGGGGAGGCCCUCUACAUCGGCUGGGUGGCCGGCGCCUUCCUUUUCGCCGGAGGAUGCGUCUUCACCUGCUGCAACGUGCAGUCUGAAGGCAAAGACACGAGGAGGUACGUCUACUCUAGGAACUCGGACUACGUGGCGUACUCGCCCCAGCCCGUGCAGCCCCUGCAGCCUCAGCAGCUGGUGCUGCUCCCGCAAGUCCAGGCCCAGCCGGUCCUGUCCAGACACCCCUCGUCUAACUACAGCUACCCGUCCAGGUACCCGUCUGUACGCAGCGGGGUGGCAUAUCUCUGAACACUGACUGAAGCAAAGACAGCCACAAACUUGCAAUACUUUGUAUCUAUAAGAAAAAAAAACAUUUCUCUGAAUAAUUUGUGUACAUUUUUUUUGUAAGAAGAAUCAUCUCGUCUUGCUGUUGCUCAUAGGUGUCAAACUCGAAGCCUGUGGGCCAGAUCUGUUCCGCCAUGUCAAUUUACAAGGCCCAUUAUGGAAAAUAAAGUGCCUCGACUUCACAUUUGUAGUUAAAUGGAUUUGUUCUUUACACUUGAGCAGAAAAUAUAUGCUGAAAUUGAAAUAUUUCUUCACUUUAAAUUGUUUUUUUUUUUUUUUACGAGCACUUAUUUUCACCAACUCCCCUCAUAACAUAAAUUGGAAAUUACUCGUACCUUAAAAUAUUUCCUUGUGCCUUUCAAUUUUUGAAUGA